AUGGCGGCCAAGGCGCUGCUCAAGACGGCCGAUGCGAGUGCAUGGCAAGCACAACUUGAUGCUUAUGAUGAACGCAUCAAAACCCGCUACCAAGGUUUUGGUAAAGCGCGUCAAAAAGUGAAUCUCCCCGAACACGAUCGUUGGCUAUGGCAAGACCUGCCUCAUGUUGUAGCUGCUCGCAAGGAACCCCACAUCACACUGGAUGAACUCGUGCAGAUUAUGGAGUGGAAGCUAUCAAGAGGGCAAAGCCGACCACUACUUAAGCGACUCAAGGCGCACAACACUGCCGAAAACGUGGUGGCCGUCUCCACCCGUGCUUUUGCUGAGCUGCAAGCCAAACGCAAGGCUGGACCUGAAGUAGCCCUACGCGCUGUCUGUACCAUUCUUCAAGAAUUGCCCUUUGUGGGCCCUGCGACGGCCAGCGCAAUUUUGGCACCGCUCUAUCCCCAGGACGCCCCAUUCAUGUCAGACGAGGCCUUGCUCACGAUCCCGGAGGUUCGGGCCAGUGACUACAGUCUCAAUAACUACCUGGCCCUGGCCGUCCAGCUGGAUGGCCUGCGCUCCCACCUCAAACUUCACGAUUGGUCCCUGGCCGAUCUUGAAAAGGCCAUCUGGUCUGCCACGCAGUCUGCUGCCGCCUAA